AUGGGCUGGCCAGGCACUGCGGACGCGAAGAAUUUGGCCGCCGGUGUGAAGAUUGCAGGUGAGAAAAUCCAUCGCAGGCGUGGAUGCCGCAAGCGCGAAAGUUUUUCCGCAGGCGCGAAGUCUUUGUAUCUGUGUGGACAUCUGUCUUCCACUUCCAUUUCAUUUCCCGUACACCUCUUCCAUUGUCAACUUAUCUACAUUGUCUUGCAUUGCUCCAUAUAUGACGCUGCCAAAAUUUGGUGUUUCUUUUCCAUUUCUCAAUUCAACUUCUUUGCUGGUUAUGCUUCCUCCAGACAUUCCCACAUUUCCUUGGAGGUUGAGCAUCCCACUAUGAGAUACAUGCUUUCUUCAGUCAUUGUAGCAGAGAUCCAACUCCUCAGGAGCACAUCUUUUUCCUCCCAGUCGACUGUCGUGUCUGCACCAUUAGUAGCAGAUGAACUGCUUGUGUCUGGCUUGCCUUCCUUGAUCAAGUUUGUCACCUUCAUCACCUGAAUCAACUGGAGUAUUUGUGUCCUCCAGAUUAAAUAGUUUGAUGGCUUCAACUUAACUGGACAAGAGGCAAUCAGAUGGU